AUGAAAGACGAGCCUGUCUCUGAAAAGUCUUCAGUUCAACCGACCAGGGAGUUCCAAGAUGGGGCGGCAGCCAGCCCAUGUGCGCCGCAGGAAUAUCCAUCUGCUGGUCGGGUCGCGCUCAUUAUGAUGUCCAUCUACAUAUCGAUCUUCCUGAUCGCGCUGGACAAGACUAUCAUCGCCCCUGCUAUACCCAGUAUCACGAAUACCUUCUCCUCGCUUAACCAUAUUGGCUGGUAUGGCAGCGCAUACAUGCUCACGCUCUGCUCGUUCCAACUCUUCUGGGGUAGACUGUACACACUUUCAUCCACCUCCUCAUUACCCAUACCCCUCAACUCGCCCAAAUCCGUCUUCCUCCUCGCCAUCGCCAUAUUCGAAGUCGGAUCCGCUAUUUGCGGCGCAGCGCCCUCAUCCGUGGCUUUCAUAAUUGGGCGCGCGAUAGCCGGGCUAGGAAGCGCAGGGAUCAUGAAUGGCAGCGUGGUGGUAAUGAUGGCUGUUGUACCGUUGAGGAAGAGACCGCUGCUACAAGGGCUGAUAGGCGCCGUGUUCGGGAUCGCGAGUGUAGUCGGUCCGCUACUUGGUGGUGUUUUUACCGAAAAGCUCAGUUGGCGCUGGUGCUUCUACAUCAACUUGCCGUGUGGCGCCGUUGCGGUGGCGGUACUAGUUAUCGUACUCAGAUUGCCUCAACCUAGCCCUGGAACCAAGAGACAAGACGAAGCCAUAUCGCUAGCCCAGCGACUGGAGAGCCUGGAUCCACUGGGUAUGUUGACCUUCAUCUGCUCUAUCGUGUGUCUCUUGCUUGCGCUCCAGUGGGGUGGCACAACAUACAACUGGUCCAACUGGCGCGUCGUGCUCUUACUCACGCUCUUCCCUCUUCUGCUGGCAGUAUUCUUCGCCAUUCAGAUAUGCUACCCAGCUACAGCGACCCUUCCACUACGGAUCCUCACGCAACGCAGCAUCGCUUCGUGCUUCUUCUUUACCUUCACCAGCCAAGCAAGUAUGCUCGUAAACGCAUUCUACACCACCUUAUUCUUUCAAGCCAUCAAGGGCUUCUCGCCUCUGGACUCUGGUUUGGCUACUCUACCUUUCCUGCUUGCUCUCGUGGUCGGGUCGAUACUCGCGGGCGGAAUGGUACAACGCAUCGGAGUGCCCGCCCCGUUCAUGAUCGUCUCAGCGAUUCUCGCGAGCACUGGCGCCGGGAUGAUUACAACAUGGCCCGUAGAUGUCAGUAAGCGCUUCUGGAUGGGCUACCAAGUCCUCUUCGGUUUAGGUAUUGGCCUGGGUAUGCAGCAGCCUGGCAUGAUGGCACAGAUCAUACUUCCGCGCGAGGACCAACCAAUCGGAAUGGCACUCAUGUUCUUCGGUCAGAAUCUAGGUGGGGCGGUGUUCGUCAGUGUGGCGCAAAACGUGUUCACGGACGAAUUGGCGAGGAAGCUGAGCGCGGUGCCCGGCCUGAACUUGGACAAGAAAGCAAUCACGAACAUAGGCGCGACAAUGAUCAAGGACCUCGUCACUAAUGAGUGGUUGACGGUUGUGCUCGAAGGGUAUAGACUCGCUAUUCGGAAAGCGUUCUUGGUCGGCACCGGACUGGCGGCGGUUAGUAUGUUGGGGGCUCUCCUGGUGGAAUGGAAGAGCAUUCAAAAGGCUGAGGAGAGAAGCAAAGGCGAGACUCCAGGCAAAGAGAUGGCAGCUGCAGUAUGA